AUGAGCUUUGCUACCUACACUGGAAAGUCGCAGAUUAUCGAAAAGCACAACGACGAUGUUGUGAUCUGUGGCGCUUACCGCUCGCCAUUGACGCGCGCUCGCAAGGGCGGCCUUGCUCAGUGCACGCCUGAAGAGAUGCUCGGUAACGUGCUCAAGGGUCUUAUUGCCAAGACAGGUGUCGACCCCAAGCUCAUCGAGGACGUUUCCGUAGGUAACGUGCUGCCCCCUGGUGGUGGUGCUACAGGUGCUCGCCAGGCUGCUCUGUGGGCUGGCAUCCCUAACACGGCUGCUGUGAACACCGUGAACCGUCAGUGCUCGUCGGGCCUCGCUUCCGUCACACAGAUUGCUAACGAAAUCAUCACUGGUCAAAUUGAUCUGGGUAUCGGUGCGGGUACCGAGUCGAUGACUCUCAACUACGGUGCGGGUGUUAUGCCUGUCAAGAUGUCGGACGAAAUUAUGAGCAACGAGGAGGCUGCUGACUGCAUGCUUCCUAUGGGCAUCACAUCCGAGAACGUGGCCAAAAAGUACAACGUCACUCGUGAAAAGCAAGAUGCCUUUGCUGCCGAGUCCUACAAGCGCGCUGCUGCAGCCAAGGCUGCAGGUAAGUUCAAGGACGAGAUCAUCCCUAUCAAGUACAUCGACGACGACGGCAACGAGCGCUACAUUGCUGAAGAUGACGGCAUUCGUCAGGGUGUAACGAAGGAAUCCCUCUCGAAGCUCAAGCCAGCCUUUGAGAAGGACGGUUGCACGCACGCCGGCAACGCUUCGCAGGUCACGGAUGGCGCCGCCGCUGUGCUCCUCGCCCGCCGCAGCGUGGCCCAGAAGCUCGGCCUCCCUAUUGUCGGCAAGUUUGCUGGUGCCGUGGUGGUGGGUGUCCCACCGAACCUGAUGGGUAUUGGUCCCGCCUUUGCUAUUCCCAAGCUGUUCGAAAAGGCUCACAUCACAAAGGACGACGUGGACAUCUACGAAAUCAACGAGGCCUUUGCCUCCCAGGCUCUCUUCUCCGUGGAGCAUGUCGGUCUGCCUCUCGCCAAGGUGAACCCUGUGGGCGGUGCCAUUGCCAUGGGUCACCCUCUGGGUGCGACGGGCUCGCGCCAAAUUGCUACCGCUCUUGCCGAGGCCAAGCGCACAGGCGCCAAGCUCAUCGUCACGUCAAUGUGCAUUGGUACCGGUAUGGGCAUGGCUUCGCUCAUUGUGAAUGAGCAGUAA